AUGUCCAACUCGAAGCAGAACAACAAAGGCGAGGAGCAGUCCUUCACCAUCCAGCCUCACCCAGCCACUACCAACGACCCUAACACCGACCCUGCUCUCAACUCGGGACUCAACGAAGGCGUCUUCGGAGGAGGAAAGCCCGGCCCUGUUGUCGUCAACACCGAGCAGCUUGGUCAAUCUCUCAGCCGCGAAGAGCUUGCCAAGCGCUCUGCUGAGCUCAACAAGUAA